AUGAGUUCAGAAGAAACCCCUUUGACGACUAACCCUGAAAUAGUUCUCCGAAAGAGAAAAAAUGCUCUUCGACUCAGGGAAGUGAAGAAGUUACAAGCUGGAGAAAGAGCAGCAAAGAGAUUAGCACGCAAAAAUUCUAAAAACCAAAAGUUCAUAAGAGCAGAGACUAUGAUCGCAAGACAUAGGGCGAGUGAAAGAGAACAGUACAGAAUUAAAAGGGUGACAAAAUAUGAUAGGGAAAGUAUUGAAAGAUCAGAUAAAAAGGACGACGAUGAGAAUUCCAAACUAGUUUUUAUUAUGAGGAUAAAAGGUCCUUAUGGAGCAAGAAUUCCAUAUAAAGCAAUUCAGAUUUUAAGGUUAUUAAGACUUGACGCUGUUAAUGUCGGUACUUUUGCCAAAUACAAUGAAACUAUCAGACCACUUCUUAGAAUCGUGAAUCCUUAUAUUGUGAUCGGAACACCAUCACUAGCGACAGUGAGAAAUUUAAUUCAGAAGAGGGCAAGGGUGCGUAUUUCUGUUUCUGAAAUGAAAACUAAGAUCGAGAAAGGUGAAAUCGAGGAAGGAGAAGAGUAUGAUGAGGCUCGUGAGACAGUCUCAGUUCCAUUAAAUGACAAUAACCUAAUUGAAGAGAAGCUUGGAGAAAAUGGCAUUAUUUGCACUGAAGAUAUAAUUCACGAAAUUGCUUCUGUUGGACCAAGUUUCAAGACUUGCGUGAAGUUUAUGGAACCUUUUAAGCUUGAACCUCCUGUCAAUGGAUGGAAUGCUUUCAGUAAGUUAGAGAGAAUUGAGUAUGAUGAAGAGAUGAAGAAUCAUAGGGUGAACAAUUCUGCCAGAGCACCGCUGAACGAAGUUGAUGUGGAUAAAUUUAUCGCCAACCAAAUAUGA